CUCUUUCACAAACCUUGAAUCACAUUGGCUUAGAGCACUGGGAUUUCAGAGUUGGUUUGGCAUGCUCCAAACCCCCAAGUCAAACAGAAACAACAUCAACAAACACUUUGGUUUCUGUGUGAAAGAGAGAUUCUUAAAUUCUUCCAAGUUAUAUUAUUUUAUAUCUAUGAUGUGUUGCUUGCAGUAUAUACUGAUGGGGAAUGUGAAGGCAAGCUAGAUCAUAUUCCAUCAAACAAAGCGCGCUGUUGCCUAUACUUGAAACACUACUUUCCUUUUUCUCUUUUUGGGUUUUUGCUUCUUCUUCUUCUCCUCCUCCUUCUUAUUCAAAAGGAACACAAGCUGUAAUCUUCUCAACAGCUCUGAAGACUUUGAAUCUCUUACUUCAGCUGAUAGACCAUUGUCAGAUAGAGUUCAGGUAGUACAGCAAGCCAAGUUAAUUAAGCUUCAAUGGAGAAGCUUCUUAAUCCAUAUGAUAAGGAGUGCAUGAGAAUGGCCAUUUUAAAGCACGAAGAAACAUUCAAGGAGCAGGUAUAUGAACUUCAUAGGCUAUACCAUAUCCAGAAGUUAUUGAUGAACAGUUCAAUAGGUAAAAGCAGGCCUAAAGGAAACAAGAGAGAGAGUUGGGAUUUACAGAAUGAAAUCAGUUUCAGUCACCAACUGAAUUAUGAGCUGCAAAGAAAGCUAGAUUUAGAACAGCCUGCAGAAGCAGCAGCAGCAGAAGAGUUGGAGGUCAUAGAUGAGAGUGAGAUUGAGUUGACUCUGGGACCCACAAGAUACAACAAAAGCAGAAGGAAGAAAUCAGAAGCACAACUAACUUCAGAUUCAGGGCCAAGUUUCUCUUCUUCUUCUACUGGAUCAAGCCAUGUGAACAGGACAGGUUCAAGGACUCAUUAUCAGAGGAGGAGUAAAGAGCAAUUGGGUGGGUGUGAAGAGCAAUUGAGACAGGAUGAGAGGCUCAAACUGCCUCCUUGGCUUUUCCAAGUUUUGAGCUUGAACAUGACUUGAUCCAAAGUAUCAUGAUCUUAUAGGUUGAUAUGAUGUGAUUUUAGACCUCUUCUUAUUGACUAAUUUGUGAUGGAUGUUGUGGAUUCUAAGUUAGUGGAUUUCUAGUGUGAUGAUGGAUGAAGUUUUGUAUAAAGAUUAGUAAUUUGUCUCCCUUGCUUUGUUCUUGUUUCUAGAGGAGCGAAAGAGGGUUUUAGAUUAAUAGAUUAAAAGUGUGUUUUCUGAGUUAUGGAAGCACAUCCACUGAUCCACA